GUUGGAAUAUUCUGCUUGUUCCACUUUUACCAACACAAUUUCGUGAAGAUACUCAUUCGGAGCCGUUGCAGAACACCACUUGGACGCUCGACGCUUCGGUAAAUCCAGUAGUUAAGUAUUUGUGCUGGAUUAAUUCAAUAGCAACGCAUUAUUGUGCUUAAUUUUUUCCCCAUUAAAUUAGCUUUAUUCGCUCCUCAAUUCUCCGAGAUUUUUACGAGUUUGCAAUAUCUUCUUACUAGUUUCAAUAACUGGUUUGGAAGCUUAACGAAGAAAAGGUGGAGAAGGAACUCAUUAUUAGAGAAGACUCAGUUGUUUUGGGGCUGAUUUGUUGGAAUAUAGUUUGGUUAUUUUGCUGUUGCAUUAGCCUUAUGGAUUGAGGUUAUGUUAAUCCAGAGUUAUUUUCUCAUAGUAGUAUUGCAUUAGAAUGUCGGAUAAUUCAACUCCUGUGAACCAGGACGCCUCCUCUGGUAAUGGUAAUAAAGAUGGGUUGAUGUCAGAAAGGUCAGCUUCAAUGUCAAAGGAAAAUAGCGUAAACUCCACUAAGAGCAACGAUGAAGGCAAUGACAAUUCCAAAAAAACGUCCAAACCAAGAAAAAGGAAGAAGGUCGAGAUGGCCUGUAUUUACUGUCGUCGGUCUCAUAUGAUUUGUGAUGUUGCUAGACCCUGUUCAAGAUGCGUGAAAAGAGGUAUUGGUCAUUUAUGUCAUGAUGAACCCUCUAAUGCAAGACAAAGGAAAAAGGCGAAUCUAUUACAACCGAAGAAUACUGACACUACUCCCAACCUGAAUAAUUUGCCCGCAAGUCAACCAAUUGCCCCAAUGCCGAAUCAAAAUCCAUCUUUCUUGCCAACCCCGGAGAAUCAAGGAAUCAUAAACCAAACCCCUAUACCAUCUUCAAAUCAGAUCGCUCCUCAACAACAACCUCAACAACAACCUCAACAACAACCUCAACAGCAACCCCAACAGCAACAAAGCAAAUCUUUACUUUCAAAUUCUGUGCUUUCGCGCACCUUACCUUAUAAUCAAGAACCUUUCUUCUAUUCUGAACAUGCUGGUAGUGAAUUUAGUUCUUUGAAUGAUUUCCUAUCCAUGAUUGAUGAUCCGGACUUGGUCAACGGGACCUUGAAUGAUGAUAAUACAAAUAAUAACACCAACAAUGAUUCAAUGUUAAACUUUGAAAAUUUAAAUAAUGAAAAUUCAAAUAAUAAUUCAAAUAGUCUAUCGAAUAUCUUAUCAUUUUCUCCAAAUACAAAUAUGUUUUCCUCUACUUUCCCAAAUAAUGAUAAUUAUCCACAACAAAAUCAGCAGUCUCUCCCACAACAACCAACUCCUUCGCAAACACAAUCACAACAAUUCCAACCACAACAACAAUACCAACCUUCCGUAUCGAGUCAACUUCAAAAACCAGUCAUCAUCUCAAAUCAUCACUUUUCUAAUCAAGCCCAAUCAGCGGCUGAUGCAAAUAACAAUAAUACGAAUAAAUCAACCCAUCAACCUGUGAUAUCUGAUUCUGCUAGAGAUAAGUUCUUCUUGACGGCGGCAGAUCCUACUACCGAAAUAUCUCCAGAAGAAAGAUUGAAACAGGUUAUUAAAGCAAAAUUAGAAGCUGGUUUAUUACAACCCUAUAACUAUGCUAAAGGUUAUGCUAGACUACAAAGUUAUAUGGAUAAUUAUAUGAAUCUUUCAUCAAGGCAACGGAUUUUGAAACCUUUAUCGAUUUUCAGACCUGCAUUUAGAGCCAUUGCUAGAACCUUGAAAGAUGUUGAUUUGGUAUUGGUUGAAGAAAGCUUUGAAAGAAUGUUACUUGAUUACGAUCGUGUUUUCACUUCAAUGGCAAUCCCUGCUUGUUUAUGGAGAAGAACCGGUGAAAUUUAUCGUGGUAAUAAAGAAUUUGCCUCUUUAGUUGGUGUAAUGACAGAUGACUUAAAAGAUGGUAAACUAGCAAUAUAUGAAUUAAUGAGUGAAGAAAGUGCGGUCAAUUUUUGGGAAAAGUAUGGUGCUAUUGCAUUCGAUAAAGGUCAGAAAGCGGUUUUAACUAGUUGCAAUUUAAGAACCAAAGAUGGUUUAAAACGUAAAAGUUGUUGUUUCAGUUUCACAAUUAGGAGAGAUCGUUAUAAUAUUCCAAGUUGUAUAGUUGGUAAUUUCAUUCCAAUCGAUCCCUAAUUGUUAGAGCUUAAAAGAUUUGAAUUUUUCUAUUUUGUUCUUUUCUAUCUUGCAUCCAAG